AUUUCCCCGCCCCUCACGUGGCUCCGCCCUCCCACUUAGGCCGCCGGGAGCUUCCCGGAGUUGUACACGUGCGCGCACUCGAGACGGCCCUCCUAGUCACGUGACUCCCGGCUCCGCGCCGUCUCAACUCCAGUCUUCCCAAGUCGUACUGCCAGAGUCUGGCGUUAUGGCUGCCGCCAUGUCCUGCGCCGCUUCUCUCGCCGCACUGUUUCCCCUUCUGUUCCUCCUGCUCCUGUCCGCCCCGCAUGGCGGCAGCGGCCUGCACACCAAGGGCGCCCUUCCCCUGGAUACAGUCACUUUCUACAAGGUUAUCCCCAAAAGCAAGUUCGUCUUGGUGAAGUUCGACACCCAGUACCCCUACGGUGAGAAGCAGGAUGAGUUCAAGCGUCUGGCUGAAAACUCGGCCUCCAGCGAUGAUCUCUUGGUGGCAGAGGUGGGGAUCUCAGAUUAUGGUGACAAGCUGAAUAUGGAGCUGAGUGAGAAAUACAAGCUGGACAAAGAGAACUACCCAAUCUUCUACCUCUUCCGGGAUGGGGACUUUGAGAACCCAAUCCUGUAUAAUGGCGCGGUUAAGGUUGGAGCCAUCCAGCGCUGGCUAAAGGGGCAUGGGGUCUACCUAGGUAUGCCUGGUUGUCUGCCUGCAUAUGAUGCCCUUGCUGGGGAGUUCAUCAGGGCCUCUGGCGUGGAGGCCCGCCAGGCCCUCUUGAAGCAGGGUCAGGAGAACCUUGCAAGUGUGAAGGAGACUGAGAAGAAGUGGGCUGAGCAAUACCUGAAGAUCAUGGGGAAGGUCUUAGACCAAGGUGAGGACUUCCCAGCAUCAGAGAUGACUCGGAUCACCAAGCUGAUUGAGAAGAACAAGAUGAGUGAUGGGAAGAAGGAAGAGCUCCAGAAGAGCUUAAACAUCUUGACUGCCUUCCAGAAGAAGGAGGCGGAGAAGGAGGAGCUAUAAAAAGGCACUCCAGGGUUUGGCGGGGUGGGGAGGGGAGAGUUACCUGCUGGCUGUGAGACCCUCCUGGUAUAUAAGGGAGUGGUGGGAAAAGUGGCACUAAACCAGAAAUCUGAGGGUGCCUGCACAUUGAUGCUGAUGUGACCAUGCUUGGGAUAUCUAUAGCCAGUCUGGGUAUAGCUGGAACACUUACUCAGAUGGCUUGUGAAAUCGCUCUCAGAAGGAAUUGGUACUAUAAAGAAGAGUGUAUGGCCCAGGUCCUUGACAGGUGUAAUUCUAAUCCAAUUAAAGUUUCCAUGUUUUGGUUAAGUGGACCUGAAGCCAUUCAGUUGUCUUUUACAAAUUAUACUUUGGCCUGUGA